AAAAAAAACUAAUUGUCAUUGAAUUUUUUACAGAUCCGAUCCACGGAAAUUUUAAGAUUUUUUUAAAAACUUUUUUAUCACUAUCUAUGCAAAAUAUUUUGCAACAAAGCUUAAAAGACACAGAAAACGCUUACUGCAAUACGUAGCUAUGUCAAGUGGUAUUUAUUUGCCAUAGUGGUGUCAGGAGAAACAAAACAACUGCUUAACAUAAAACUAGAUAAUUAGAGGUCCGUCAGUCGCCAGACCUAUUGGAGUGAAAAAAACACCAACUAGCCAGUAGUUUAAUAUAAUUGUUCAAUAUUCUGUGAAGUUUGGACCAAGAAAAAACGCAAGCGGACUGACACACACGGUGGUUUAGUUUAGAAAAUAUCUGCUGCUGCACACACAUACAACAAAGAUGGAUGACGGACUUACUAAUGAGCAGACGGAAAAGGUAUUGCAACUGCAAGAUCUUACGGGCAUUGAAGAUAUGAGUAUAUGCCGUGAUGUAUUGAUAAGGCACCAAUGGGACUUGGAGGUGGCCGUGCAGGAGCAAAUGAACAUACGCGAAGGUAGGCCCUCAUCCUAUGUCGGUUCUAGAGAAGUACGGGCUCCAACUGUCAUCAAUGAUCGUUUCCUGCAACAGGUCUUUUCCGCACACAUGCCCGGAGGUCGAACAUCACGUGGCAGCAAUUCUGGUCCAAUGCCACGUAGUAUAACCGGUAUUAUUGGUUAUAUUAUCAAUAUGGUGUUUCAAUAUUGUUAUUCGACAAUAUCAAGCAUUUUGGGUGCAUUCUUUGGAGGAAAUGAAGAAAGAAUUGUCACAGAUCCCUUGGGUGAUGUCAUGAGUUUCAUACAAAGCUACAAUGAACGUUAUCCUCAGCAUCCGGUCUUCUACCAGGGCACCUAUGCCCAAGCCCUGAACGAUGCCAAACAAGAAUUACGCUUCUUGUUAGUGUAUCUACAUAAAGAUCCUACUAAAAACCCAGAUGUAGAUUCCUUCUGUAGCCAAACAUUGGCUAAUCGUAGCGUUAUAGACUUCAUCAAUCGCAAUACCUUAUUUUGGGGUUGCGAUGUAUCAUCGCCUGAGGGCUAUCGUGUCUCACAUUCAAUAAAUGCACGUACCUAUCCCAUUAUGGUACUUAUUGCCUUGCGAGCCAAUCGCAUGGUAAUAAUGGGACGUUUUGAGGGCGAUUGUACAGCCGAUGAGCUGGUGAAUCGUUUGCAAACUGUGAUCAAUGCCAACGAUGUGUGGUUAAGUCAAGCCCGAGCGGACCGUUUGGAGAGAAAUCUAACACAGACCCUGCGUCAGCAACAGGAUGAGGCAUAUCUUCAAAGUUUAAGGGCCGAUGAAGAAAAGGAGCGCCAGCGUGAAUUGGAACGGCAAAGAGAAAGAGAAGUAGAAGAGGCUUUGGAAAGGGAGAAACAAAAAGUCGAGGAACGUAAGCAGGAAAUUGUACGAUUGAAAAUGGAAUUGGCCCAACAAGUCCCGUCUGAACCACCCGCCGAUGCUGUGGAUGCCAUUAGUGUGGUAUUUAAACUACCAAAUGGUGCACGUAUUGAACGUAGAUUCCAGCAAUCAAAUUCGUUAUUAGAUCUUUCCAAUUAUUUGUUUUGCCAUCCAUCAACACCGGAUGAGUUUGAAAUCACAACGAAUUUCCCCAAAAGAGUUCUAUAUUCGAAAUCCUAUGAAACAGAUAAUGAUGCUGCCACUUUAUCACUUGCUAAUAAGACUCUAGUUGAGGUUGGGUUAACAAAUCGUGAGGUUCUAUUUGUCAAUGAUUUGGAGGCGUAAUAUUAGUAGUACAUUUUGUGAUGUAUGUAUAUGAAUGUUGAUUAUGAUAAUCGCGAUCAUAUAGAUGGUUAUGAUGAUUAAAAAAGAAACUAGAAUAUUCAGAACUUUCGUGAACGCCAGAAAUGUUAUGAAGAAAUGAAAAGUAAUAAAACAAAACCGAAUGCCCA